AUGAGCGAAGAGACCUCCCCGCAGCGGGUUGCCAUUGGUAUUUCCUUUGGCAACUCCUACAGCUCCAUCGCUUUCACCACUGGUGAUGGCAAGGCUGAGGUUAUCGCCAACGAGGAAGGAGACCGCCAGAUCCCCACCAUCCUGUCCUACGUCUCUGGCGAGGAGUUCCACGGUACUCAGGCCAAGGCGCAGCUCGUCCGCAACCCCAGGAACACUGUUGCCUACUUCAGAGAUUUCCUUGGCAAGGACUUCAAGUCGAUAGAUCCCACCCCGGCCCACCAGUCCGCACACCCCAAGGAGCACGAGGACAGCAUCGCUUUCUCGAUCAAGGAUUCUGAGGAGGAUGUUGAGAACGAGCGCACCAUCUCUGAGAUCACCACGAGGCACCUGCGCAGGUUGAAGAACUCUGCCUCCGACUACCUUGGCAAGACCGUCAACGCCGCCGUCAUCACUGUUCCCACCAACUUCACCGACAGCCAGAAGGAGGCUCUGACCAAGGCCGCCAAGGAGGCUGAGAUUGAGGUUCUCCAGUUCAUCAACGAGCCCGUUUCUGCCGUGCUCGCUUACGAUGCUCGCCCGGAGGCUAAGGUUUCGGACAAGAUCGUGCUCGUUGCCGAUAUUGGUGGCACUCGCUCUGACGUCGCCGUCAUCGCUUCGAGGGGCGGUAUGUACAGCAUCUUGGCCACUGCCCACGACUACGAGGUUGCCGGCGCCCAGCUGGACCAGGUUCUCAUCGACCAUUUCGCCAAGGAGUUCAUCAAGAAGCACAAGACCGACCCUCGCGAGAACGACCGCAGCCUUGCCAAGCUCAAGCUCGAGUCCGAGGCUGUCAAGAAGGCUCUCAGCAUUGGCCAGUCGGCCAACUUCAGCGUUGAGAGCUUGGCCGAUGGCAUCGACUUUACUGCCACCGUCAACCGCACCCGUUUCGAGCUGCUCGCGAACAAGCACAUUGCCAGCCUGACCCGGUUGAUCACCCACGCUGUUGAGAAGGCGGAGCUGGAUGUUCUCGAUGUCAACGAGAUCAUCCUUGCCGGUGGUUCGAGCCACGUGCCCAAGAUUGCUCGCAGCGUCCAGUCCGCUUUCCCCGAGGGCACCACUGUCCUUGCUCCUGCCACUUCUCCCGCCUCCAUCAACCCCUCGGAGCUUGCUGCCCGUGGUGCCGCCAUCCAGGCUUCCCUGAUCCAGGAGUUCGAGACCGAGGAUAUUGAGCAGAGCACGCACGCCAUGGUCACCCUUGCUCCCCACAUCUCCAAGGCUAUUGGCGUCCUCUGCAUCUCCGAGUCGACCGAGCACGGUGUCUUCCGCCCACUCAUCGAGGCCGAGACUCCGGUCCCGGUCAGGCGCACUGCUCAGAUCGCCACUCCCCGUGAGGGUGGCGAUGUUCUUAUCAAGAUCUGCGAGGGCAUCCGUGAGAUCAAGGUCGAGAAGCCCGAGGCCAAGCCCAAGGAGAACGGCAAGAAGGACGGUGACGAUGAGGACGAGGAUGACUCUGACAUCGACUCGGACGAGGAGCCGGAGGAGAUCCGCUCCAAGGUCUGGAAGGCCGGCACUGCACUUGCCGAGGCUGCCCUCAAGGGCGUCAAGAAGGGUGCCAAGGUCGAGGUCCAGAUCAACGUCGGUGCCGACCUGUCGGUGCAGGUCGUCGCCCGUGAGGUUGGCGGCAAGGGUGGUAUCAGGGGCAACAUCGAGAAGCCUGCCGUUACGCAGAACGGCAGCGCAUAA